AUGGAUGAGAUAUACCACAAGAUCGCCGAGUUCAAUUCACGGCGAAUCGUCCAAACACACGACGUCCUCUCGUUCAAGUAUAGUGAGCUUUGGAGCAGGGAUGAUACUGGCAUUGUCGACUACCAUGAAGGAGUCACUACAAUACCUGAUGUCGCCUCCUGGCUGGCCAUGGAGACACGAACAGGAACAACAGGACCAGAGUCACUAAUUCUGCGCCUGAUAUGGCCUAAGUUUAUCCUCGACGAUAACUGCGUUGAGCUUCCCGAAGAUACCAAGAAUCAGAUUUUAGACAAGUUUGGUCUUGAGCUUGCAUAUAAUUACUUCUCGAGUUGUGUCGCUGGCGUCAAUGCCUUUCCUGAGAUUGUUAAGUCUGAAGCAAACCAGCAGGCCUAUACCUUUUGCUAUGCGCCUAAACUUGCGUCUAUAUGGUCACAUACUCGCUUCAGGCCACCUUCUUUUCGACCAGGUGUCACAUAUGGCAUGAUUCUGGCUGGCGAUAAAGAGCAGCAUUAUUUGAAGAAGCUACUCAGGAGCAAAAGCAAAUGGAGCCUCAGCACAGCAAGCCACGCCAUGUUUCCUGCAUUCCUCUUUGCUUUCAUGUUCCAUGGGGAGAUUGAGGUAACGCAGAACAACAUGAAGCCUGGUAUCCAACAGAUAGAAGCGCGGACAGGGUACUCAGACUUCAAGACUGAACGGAAGCAUAUCGCGGCUGGUGAGCUAGGCACACUGAGCGCACAGAUGAGUGGAUUCGCAGUCCGCCUAGCGAGUACAGAGAGGAAGGAUAAGACGCUACAGAAGCUUCUCGAGUUUGUCCAGCAACGACUGAGCCUUGGCCAAAGCUCGAACCCUGAAGCAGAUGAGCUGAUGAAGAACCAUGUCGGCGUUCUCCAGAAACGGUUGAUGAUGCAGGCCAUGGACAGGGAGUAUACCUUGAAGAGAGUGCAAAUCCAAAUUGAUGUGUUGAAUAACCUCAUAUCAGAGAACUACAGCCUCUCCAACUACAUCAUCUCCAUAUCUACUCUUCGCGACGCUGCGUCCAUGAAGACACUGGCGUUUGUGACAAUGUUCUUUUUACCAGGCAGUUUCAUUUCGGCUCUCUUCUCGACCAAUCUCUUCGAUUGGGACAGUGUGCAAGGUGACGGGGGAGAUAUCGGGGUCAAAACCACACCGCAGUUUCGAUUAUACUGGGCCGUCACCAUACCACUUACCCUCAUCACGUUUAUUCUAUAUUUUAUGUGGGCUGAGUUCUCCAGCUUUGACCGGAGCCAAAGAAGAGAGCGUAGAAGAUGGGGCUUUCCCAGAACUGAGAGCAUGAAGGCUCAAGAUGAAACCCGGUCACCGAUGCAAGUAUUGAAAGACCAACGCGAACGUGUUAGUGAGGCGUAUGCGAUGGCAAAGAGGAGACAGACUGUCUUUGGACAAGGUGAUAAAGAUGAAUCAAUAGGUUCACAUCAGCAGCAGCUCCAGCGCAAGAAUCAAAACAAAGCAGCACGAUUUCCGAGGCCUUCGCAAGACGACAGGUCGCGGGUCAUCGCAACAAUGGCCUCACGUUCAGCUUCAGGUACUACUAACCCAGCACUGGGGACCGUCGUGCCUGCGCAGCUCGGGUUCCUCGCCAUCUUCAACCCUACGCUUGGCAAUACCGACGAAACCAUCGAGGAUCAGAUCGUCUACUAUGCCUCUGUUACAACACAAGCCGCGCAUAAUAAGCGCAGGCGCACUCGUGGCCAACCGACCCAGAAUAUCUCUCCAGAAGAGCGAAACGAGCGUUUGCGACAGAUUGGCCUUGCCCAGGGCAUGGCUAGCUUCAGCCGCGGUUUUGCGAGCGGUUCAACAGUAGACACUAUCGACACUGAGAAGUCAAGAGUCAUACUCCAUGAGCUCGAACCUGGCUGGUGGAUUCUAGCAAGCAUCGACCUCACAAAACUACCUCUCCCUCCUCGGCUCACUACUAAGAAGAGCGAAGCCGCCGAAGAACGGUAUGAAUACUCCAGUCGCGAGAUGAAACCCGCGAGCCUGUUGUUGCGCGAUCUGCUGCGAGCCCAUAGCAUCUUCCUCAUGCAUCAUGACUCCUCGUUGAGCGCCCUCUUCGUGCGUAACAAGAGAACCAAGUUCAUCACUAUAUUGAGUCGAUAUUGGGAUCUCUAUCUUUCGACCUGGAACGUCAUGAUGCAUGGGAACCCAGCUCGUGAUAUUUUUGGAGGCAUCCCCAUUGCGGCCUCUGGUGAGCUAGGCGUAGGCGUCGGCGAGGAAGAACGCGGCAGCGGCGAGCGAGCCGUAUUGGAAGGACUAGUUGGGAGAAUAGAAGGGCUCGUCGAUCUAGUUGUUUCCAAGUUCGGCGACUACAACCCCGAAUCGCCUCCUCCAAAUGACCCCUAUGGCGACCCUGAGCAAUGGUUAGGGACAGGAAGAGAACCUGGUCCCGAUGACGGUGCCAUCUUUUUGGGUACCGGCGCUCUGUCCAGGAAAUCAGUGAGAGACGUUACUCACUGGAUGGAGGAUCUAUACACUUGGGGUAACCACGCUUAUGGUAUCAUAGAGAGCCCAACAUCGGUUCGGCGCGCAAAAAGGCGACGGGCAGCGGAUCGCCAGCAAGCGGCCCAAGAUCAAACAAAGGUACCAGAGAGCGAACUCACGACAUCCCCAGCCGGGAAACAGGUUGGGGAGGGUUCCGACAAAGAGCAGCCCCAAAUCCAAGUGACUGAAGAUGGCAAACUGGAAAAGAUGGUUAGCUACCUCAAGCUGGGAUAUGGCACAUACUGGUCUCUUCCUGGCGGCACUGGUAGUCGCGAUUCUCCUACCAAACAGCCCGAGAGUCCACAGCAGGAUCCUGAACCUGCCCAAGACGCAACCAAAUUGGCACGGCCCAGCCUCGCGGAACGCACGCCUUCGUAUGAAGCUGCUGGCCAUUACUUGAUUGGUUUAAAGGGGGAGAUCAAUGAAGAUUAUAGCGGAACCGAAAGUGGAAGUUCGGACGAUGCUGGUGACGGGGCAAACAACUCUCGUACUGUCUUGCGAACUGUAAACAUUGAGCUUGAGAGCGAGGCUCUGGAUAGACCAGAGGCCAUAACGGUGCGUGACUUUGAGCAUCCGGCCAGUGCUCUCACGCAGUCGCAGGUGGUAGGGAAUAUGAUACCUGGCUACGACUCCCACGAUCUCAACAAGGCAAAGAAACUGCGCGUUGUUGUCUACGUUAACCGACCAUUCAUGUUCACUUUUCUGUUCAAUCUACGAACCGACUCCCUUGCUAUGGAUUCACUCUAUCGCUCCCUUCACCAUCAACUCGCUCCUUUACGCAAACCUCUUCUUCUCUCAACAAGCUAUCGUCCGGAGCGUCCUGAGACCGAUGCGGGUUCUGGCAGUAACCACUCUGGAAACAACAUAUAUGAUCUCGUCUGGGAUCCCGUCUCAUUGACGGUUCAUUCAUCAAUACCAAACAUACCAGAAGUCUACGAUGAUACGGAACCGUGGUCCCGUCCUGAUGCUCUCAACACUCACCUUCACCUGGUCAAUCUCUACAUUGGUACAAGGUCCCGUUCAACUGCUCUUGAGCGUACCCAAAAGUCCAGCCGUGGAUGGUGGAUCGUCUGGACACGUCUGCUCGACCGUCAAGAAGAUGCUGCCGCGGGGAAUCUCUCUACAAUUCACGAAGGCGGAGCUGGCCCAAACACAGACCAGCACACCUCUCAAGAUGAAGGAGAGAGGAAAUAUUCUGGACCUGAUCCCCGACAUCCGGAUAUUGCCAAGGAAAUCUUCCUCAUCCGCCGCGCAAGCGAUCACGUCGGGUUCCGAACAGAUUCCGCGGAGGGCGCAGGUAAGCUUGCCCAGGGCAUCGGCGUCGAUACACGCCGCUACGUGGAGGAACUAUUGAACCUGCUAUGA